AUGAGUGCAAAAUUAGAAACCAAGGAACCUGCCGAUUUUAAUGGCAUCGCUCCAAGCGAUGAUUAUAUUGUAGAGCAUCAGCCAGUUGCUAAUAAUAAUCUUUAUAAUGAAAAGCCUGAUCUUUCAGCUGGAGCCAUCGCCCGCUACUUUGGAACAAGGUUUAGUACUCUUUUGGAUAUUCCAAUGACGAAAUCGGAUAGAUCUGUAUGGCAGACAAUUAAUCCGUUACCAGCUUUGAGAGAAAUGGAAGCUAAGCACUGGAAUUUUUACUUUUUGGGGUUCUUUGCUUGGACAGUCGAUGCCAUGGACUUCUUUUGUGUUUCCGCUAGUGCAUCUGCUAUUGCUGCAACUUUAGGAGUUAAUAUUACAUCAAUCACUUGGGGUGUCACUUUAGUGUUGAUGCUUAGACCAGUUGGUGCUAUUAUCUUUGGAAUAUUAUCUGAUUACUACGGUAGAAAGUGGCCCUUUAUCUUCAAUUGCUUCUUGUUUGUGGUUUUGGAAAUUGGUACCGGUUUUGUUCAAACACAUUCCCAGUUUUUAGGUGUCAGAGCCUUGUUUGGUGUUGCCAUGGGUGGUAUGUAUGGUAAUGCAGCUGUAACUGCCUUGGAAAACCAGCCAGUUAAGGCAAAGUCAGUUUUAUCUGGCUUUUUCCUCCCAGGUUAUAAUUUCGGUUACUUAUUAGCCAUUGUAUUUUAUAGAGCAUUCGAAAACACAUACAAAGCAGAGGAAGGUGAAGGCUGGAGAGCAUUGUUUUGGUUUUCUGCUGGGUUACCAGUUAUAUUGAUUGUCUGGAGAUUCUUCGCUCCAGAAUCAGAAAACUUCUUAAGAAUGAAGGAAGCCAAAAAACAACAGAAGGCUAGAGCCAAGGAAUUAGAUUUGGAAAUGGCAAAGCCAACAUGGAAAGAUAAAAUCGAUCCUUCAAUUCUUAUCACCAUGAAGACCGAAUGGCUCAUGUUCAUCUACUUGGUACUUUUGAUGGCUGGAUUCAACUUUAUCUCACAUGCCUCUCAAGAUUUGUAUCCAACGUACCUUGACAAGCAGAGACAAUUCAGUCUUGACCAAAGAACUGUCAUUAUGGUAGUAGUUAACUUGGGAGGUAUGUGUGGUGGUAUUGUCAUUGGGCAGCUACUGGAAUUAGUUGGAAGAAGACUCGCAAUUCUUAUAGGAUGUGUGGUAGGUGGAGCUAUGCUCUACCCUGCUUUCUUUUCGUCAACUACAGCUGGUCUGACUGGUGGAGAUUUCGCUCUUGUGUUUUGUAUCAUGGGAAUCUACGGUGUUAUUCCUAUCCAUCUUAUGGAAUUAGUAAACGCUACCCAUAGGACCUUCCUUUCUGGUCUUGUGUAUCAAUUAGGUAAUUUGAUCUCAUCUGCUUCAUCUACAAUUGAGGCAAGUAUUGGAACACAAUUCCCACUUGAGAUCGAAGGAGUCACUGGUGCUUACAACUAUGGUAAAGUAAUGGCUAUAUUCUGUGGUGCCAUCUUUGCAUAUGUGAUGCUCUUAACCUUUGUUGGUCCAGAAAGAUACCAUCGUGACUUAAACGUCCAUGCGGACCACUUGAGUGUUAAUGAACUCGUAGAUAGUGAAGAAGAGAAUCUGUUUGAAAAGCCUAAACAUCAACAUGUUGAAAAGGCUUGA